AUGGAUUUCCUGUAUACCGAUGGCGUGGCCUUGAAAACACCAAACCUGUUCCCUGAAACAGUUAUACUUGUUGGGAACAAGACACUUGUGUGCCAUGAUCCACACAAGAUCUCGUCGAAUGGUUUCUGGGCAAAACAGAACCCUUUGCAUUAUUGCUCGCCGCUUCUUCUCAUUCAACUUUCCCUUGUUUCCUUAACCUCUAUGCUCAUUGAUUUCCUAAUCAGGCCUCUUGGACAUGAAGCGGUGGUGGGAGCGGCGCUGUUUCCUCCGAGAGGCAGGAUCAUAUUCGAAACUUUCGCGACCUUCGGGAUUAUGUUUUUCCUCUUCACCAUUGGAGUGAGGAUGGACAUCAAGAUGAUGAUCCGACCUGGAUGGAAACCCGUGACCUUAGGCGCCUCCUGCGUGCUAUGCACAUUGGGAUUCGCUCUCCUAAUUUCCUAUCUCCUCUCCCAGGUUGUUACCUUGGAUCCCGAUGUCGCGUCGUCGCUGCCUAUAAUCGCCGCAUCCCAGAGCGUACUGUCGUUUCAGAAUGUUUCCAGCGUUUUGAGCGAGCUCAAGCUGCUUCAAUCUGAUCUGGGCCGACUUGCAAUCUCAUCCGCAAUGUUCGCUGAUCUUAUUAGUAUGUGCGUUAUGGCAAGCCUUUGUGCAAUCAUGCAGACAGAUAUCAAGAACCCGGUGAUUUCAUUAGCCCAACUGUUUGUGUUUGUUACGUUUGUACUAGUUGCGCUAUACGUCGUCCGCCCAAUCAUUGCACGGAGUGUGAAACGAUUACCGGAAGGAAAACCGGUGCCGGAAUCCCACGUGAUGGCAGUGUUUAUCAUUGUUCUUUUGGCCGGAUUGGUUAGCGAGUCUAUUGGGCAGCACUUUGUGUUUGGACCUUUGGUGAUGGGCUUGGUUAUGCCUGAAGGUCCUCCUCUGGGAUCAGCAAUGACUGCAAAACUUGAUAUUCCCAUUGGGAAAAUCCUGUACCCAUCAUUUCUCACCGCCAGCGGAUUGAAAUUGAACGUGUUUUCGAUUCACUUCAACUCUCUAUGGGUGGUGGGAGUGAUCGUUUUCGUUUCUUGUUCUGUCAAGUUGUUAUCUGUGAUGUUGCUGGCUUUCUACAUGGAGAUGAGUAUUCGAGAGUCGUUUGUGCUUGGAUUGAUGAUGAACUGCAAAGGGAUUUCUGAACUAGUCCUAUUCAAUCUGCUUCUGGAUGUUAAGGCCAUGAAAGUUGAAGCAUUUGCUCUGAGUAUGGUGUCAGUUCUUGUAGUCACAGCAACAGUAUCGUCCCUGAUCAAACUUUUAUACGAUCCAUCCAAACGAAACAUUCCAGUCCGGAGAAGGACAAUUCAGCAUAGCAAGCGAGAUGCGGAGCUAAGAGUAUUGGUCUGCGUACAUAACCAAGAGGAUGUCCCUGAAAUGUUGAACCUGCUUGAAGCCUCCAAUGCAACCGAGGAAAGCCACAUUGCAGUCAUAGCCGUCCUGCUUGUUGAACUUGUCGGCCGGGCUAAUCCAAUGUUGAUAGCUCAUCAAUCCCACCGAAUGCUGCAACCGAGCUCUUCAAGAUCCGGGCGAAUCAUCAACGCCCUGCGGCAAUACGAACUUUGCAACGAAACCUGUGUCAACAUUCACUCAUUCAGCUCCAUCUCGCACUUUGACACGAUGCACGAAGACAUUUGCCGCGUAGCGCUGGACCAAAACACGACGAUUAUAAUACUACCGUUUCACAAGCGUUGGGAGAUUGAUGGAUCAGUUGGGGAUGUGAACAGGGGAAUUCAAAGCAUGAAUUCAAAAGUCGCAGACAACGCGCCUUGCUCGGUCGCUAUCUUGGUGGAUAGAGGGAUUCUGCGUGGCACCACAUCCUUCUUAAACAAUCAAUCCGGGUACCAUGUCGGUGUAAUCUUCAUUGGUGGCGUUGAUGACACGGAAGCACUAGCUUACGCUUCUCGAAUGGGUAGACAUCCGUUUGUGUGCCUUACCAUAUUCCGUUUCCUUCUAUUUGGGAGUGAUAAUACCCGAGAAAGGAAGAUGGACAACAAUCUGAUGGAUGACAUCCGACAAGCCAACAUAGGAAAUGAACUGUUUGUAUACCAAGAGGAAAUUGUGAAAGAUGGAGUAGGAUUAGCAGCUUCAAUUAAAGGUUUAGGAAGUAAAUUUGAUUUGAUUUUGGUAGGAAGAAAUCAUCAAGAUUCUCCUCUCCUGGUAGGCCUUGGUGCUUGGAUAGAAUGUCCAGAACUUGGAGUGAUAGGUGACAUGCUUGCUGAGUCGGAUCCGGAACGCACGUCAUCAAUAUUAGUAGUACAACAACAGAGAUUAAAAGGGAAGUUCAUGAACAGGAUUACAAAACCAGUAGUCCUUGAUCAUCAAGAUACCUUCUCACCUUCAUGA